UGUCAGAAAAGCUGUUUGCAGCCAAUUUACCCCGCUUUGGUGACUAUGAAAGAUCUGGCCGAUCUACCAACGACGCUUCACCAACUCAACACUCAGCGCCCGAUCAAGAGCAAGCGCAACCGAUGGAACGUGGCAAUUUCGGACUUCGCCCGGCUCACGCAUAACCCGAUCCGUGCCAUCGUCGAGGGCCUUAAUAUCGAACCGAACCCGAACAAGCCCCUGAUCGCUCUCUCCAUCGGAGAUCCGACCACGUUCGGAAACCUCAAACCCUCACCGGAAACAAUCGAUGCAAUCCGCCAGGCAGUCGAGGACGGCACUGGCAACGGGUAUGCACCAGCGAACGGCCAUCUCGAAGCGCGGGAAGCAGUCGCCCGGUACGUCCAGCACCAGGGCCCAGUCACGCCGAACGAUGUGAUCCUGUGCAGUGGCUGCAGCAGCUCCCUGGACCUCUGCAUCUCGGUGCUCGGCGGUCCGGGCAAGAAUAUUCUGAUCCCGAAACCGGGCUUCUCGAUCUACCGUACCCUGGCCGAAGGGUUCGGUAUCGAGUGCCGCACGUACGACCUGCUGCCCGAUCGCAACUGGGAGGCAGAUUUAGUCCAGCUGGAGCAGCUGAUCGACGAGCAGACGUGCGCACUGGUUGUCACCAAUCCGGGCAACCCGUGCGGUAGCGUGUUUCCCCGUGCACAUUUGGAAGCGAUCGUCGACAUUGCCGAGCGCCAUUUUGUGCCAAUCAUUGCGGACGAGAUAUACGAACAUUUCGUCUUUCCCGGCCAUGAGUUUCACGCCGUCAGCUCACUUUCUAACCGUGUGCCGGUACUGUCUUGCGGUGGACUUACGAAGCGCUUCCUCGUACCUGGUUGGCGUAUGGGAUGGAUCAUUGUGCACGAUCGGGACGGCGUCUUUGGUGAGGUUCGUCGCGGUUUAGCGAAUCUGUCCGUUCGCAUCCUCGGCAGCAACACGCUGGUGCAGCGUGCUCUGCCGGCUAUUCUUGACAACACACCGAACGACUUCUUCGAUGAUCUAGUGGCUACAUUGCACCGCCACGCAGAGUUGGCAUACAAAGCGAUCAAACAAAUACGCGGACUCAACCCGAUCAUGCCCGGUGGCGCGAUGUACAUGAUGGUGGGCAUCGAUGUCGAACACUUUCCCGAGUUCGAAACAGACCUGAGUUUUGUCGAGGCGCUAGUCCACGAGCAGAGCGUGUUCUGUCUGCCUGGCCAGUGCUUCGAGUAUCCCAACUACUUCCGGCUGGUGCUGACCGUACCGGAGAAGAUGAUUGUCGAGGCUGUGAAGCGGCUGGAGGAGUUCUGCGAGCAGCACUACAAGUUCGAUAACGAUAUCCUGCUGCAGCAACAGAACGGACUGCUCAAUCAGAUGACACAGCUGUGA